CCGUACUGUCACGAGCUGUUAGUAAAAGUUGGGAUUGAGGCUCGACUCGAGUGGAGGGACUUUGUUGUGCGGACGAGCGUGAGAGUAGAGUGUCGGCUGUCUGACGUCCGGCGGUUCGUCCGAACGCCUCUCUCUCUGGACGUAUUAGACAAGAAAGAAACACUGCAGUAAAACGAGAACAAAAGCCUGGAAGGAAGGAAGGAAGAAGGGAAAGUAACUCGGAUUAUAAUAAUAGGGAGGUCUUCAUGCACGAUAGGUUAGGUAGCUGGACGUAAGCGACUGGCGAGAAAAGUUUGCUGAAAUUGAAUGCACCCAGGGGACAGUGUUUUACAGGAGGAGCUGCUGCGUAAAAAAGUGACGCCGGGGCGAGCCAUAGCCGCGCAACCCGAUGAGUACCGCAAACUGCAGCGGUAACGAGGAGCUGGACUUCAGACUCAUCUUCGGGGAGGACGGCCAGCAGCAGCAGUCGCUAGGCCCCGCAGAUCUUGAACCUGAUGACAACACCUCUUUCUACAUCCUCAAUGUUGGCCAGCCCCCAUCAGUGGUUAACCAGCCAAUCGGCAUCGCUCGGCAUGGCCAGCACGCUCACUCCCCGGUCAUCUCGGCACCCCCCCGGCCCCCCGCCAACAAAGUCUACGACCCGGGCUAUGAUGUUCAGGGCUCCAAGUACAGCUCUGUGGGAGGCCCCAAGGCCUUUGAGUGUCCCAGCAUCCAGAUCACCUCCAUCUCUCCUAACUGCCAGCAGGAGAUGGAGGCCAGUGAGGACGUCCUGCGAGCCAAAUGUCCCGAGGGCGAGUACCACGAGCGGCCCUUGUCCAGAGACCAUCUUUACCUGCCGCUGGACCAUUCAUAUCGGGACUCCUCACUGAGCCCCAGCCCCUGUAGCAGCCUCUCAUCCAGGAGCUGGUUCUCGGACGCGUCGUCCUGCGAGUCUUUCUCUCACGUGUAUGACGACGUCGAUUCGGAGCUGAAUGAGGCGGCGGCUCGCUUCACGCUCGGCUCCCCACUUGCCUCCCCAGGCUGUUCCCCCCAGGCUGCGCUAGGGGAGGAGGCCUGGCAGCACCACCCCACUGCCUUCCCACUUUCGCUGUCACCCCGCCACUCCCCAGCUCACUCCCCAGGCCACUCCCCCCGCACUAGUGUCACUGAUGAGAACUGGCUAAGCCCCCGGCCACCCUCUCGGCCCUCUUCCCGGCCCACCUCACCCUGUGGAAAGAGGCGCCACUCCAGCGCCGACAUCUGCUACCCAGGUUCCACUUCUCCACAUCACUCCCCAACUCCCACGCCUGGCCAUUCCCCCCGGGGCAGCGUAACAGAGGACACCUGGGUUGGCAGUCCCUCGCUGGCCAUCUCUCCUUUCCAGUGCUGCCCUUCUGAGGUGGACAUUCCUUCCAAGACGCGGAAGACGUCUCAGGACAGGACAGCACUUCUUCCUGGGAAGGGGGACUCGGGUCUAGAGGAUGCGGGGGGUGCCGUGUCCCCUUCGCUGGAGUCUCCGGUGGAGGAAGCUCUGCAAGGCUUGAAGAAGGAUGGCACUGGGGAGCAGUUUCUGUCCGUCCCCUCACACUUCACCUGGAACAAGCCAAAACCAGGCCACACUCCCAUUUUCCGCACCUCCUCCCUCCCCCCCCUCGAUUGGCCGUUGCCCAGCCAAUUUGGACAAUAUGAACUGAAGAUCGAAGUACACCCCAAGGCUCACCACAGAGCCCACUAUGAAACCGAGGGCAGUCGAGGGGCAGUUAAGGCAGCCUCUGGAGGACACCCAGUGGUCAAGCUCACAGGUUACAAUGAGAAGCCGGUCAACCUGCAGAUGUUCAUCGGGACUGCUGAUGACCGCUAUUUGAGGCCACACGCCUUCUAUCAGGUCCACCGAAUCACUGGGAAGACGGUUGCUACGGCUAGCCAGGAAAUCAUGAUCGCCAGCACAAAGGUCCUGGAAAUACCUCUCCUUCCAGAAAAUAACAUGUCUGCCAGCAUCGAUUGCGCCGGCAUUCUAAAGCUGCGAAACUCUGAUAUCGAGCUGAGGAAGGGAGAGACAGACAUUGGACGGAAGAACACACGGGUGCGAGUGGUGUUCCGAGUGCACAUCCCACAACCCACUGGGAAGGUCCUGUCUUUGCAGGUGGCCUCAAUCCCUGUCGAGUGCUCCCAACGCUCAGCCCAGGAGCUGCCCCAGGUGGAGAAGUACAGCCUGAACAGCUGUUCCGUUAGUGGGGGUGAGGAGAUGGUCAUCACAGGUUCCAACUUCUUCCCUGAAUCCAAAGUUGUCUUUGUGGAGAAGGGGCCAGAUGGACGUGCGCAGUGGGAAGUCGAUGCAAAAAUAAUACGAGAAAAAAGUCACGGAUCAAACAUUGUGGUGGAGGUCCCCCCUUACCACAGCAAGGCCGUGACCUCCGCUGUCCAGGUGCAGUUCUACGUAUGCAACGGGAAGAGGAAGCGAAGCCAGUCCCAGCGCUUUACCUACUUGUCAGUCUUGGUGAAACAAGAGCACAGGGAUGACUUAGACCUACCCACUGCCCCCUUGCCCCUGCCACUGGUUCACCCCGCCAGGCCCCAGCUGUCCUCCCCUGACCAGGCCCACCCCCACCACAGCAUGCUGUCCAGCUCCUCCCGGGGUCUGGUGCCUGGCAUUCCUCCGGCCCAGCCCCAAUACCCUUCGCUAGGCUCCCACUCACUCCAGCACCUGCCACAGCUCCAGGGCCCUGGGCUCUCUGCAGGCUCCAACUGCCAGUUGAUAGGGCCGCCUAUCGCCUUCCACUCCCAGCCAAGGCAGGCGUACCAGCCUCUGCCACCCAACCUGCUGACCAAUGGUCAGACCAGUCUUCCCAUGAAUGCGGUCCCCACCCAACCCUUUCAGCAGAUGCCCUUCCAAGGUGAGCCAGCAGUCUCUCAGACCCUGGGGAUGGGUGUUGGCUACCACUCCUCAAUGGCCUCGCUUUCUGGCUCCACUUCCCCUUCUGGCACUGGCCAGCCCCUGAGCCACGGCCCCCCACGCCUGCAUUCACUGGGGUUCCCUUGCCCCAACCCGCUGCAGGUCUCAUCGUCCAGCCACCCCAUGGCACAAACACCAGCACAGCUCCAGCAUGCCCUUGGCUACCACUCUGCCACCCAGAGGUCAGCCUCGUGCCCAUCUCCAACCACAAGCCCUGUGUCAGUCACAGCCUCUCCACACUCCGGGCCUUCUUCCCCCCAGCUCCACUCGCUUCCAUACCAGUCAUCCACUCCAGACUCAACCUCCUCACCCCCGCCUACAGCUGGUAGCCCUCUUGUACACCUCUCACACGGCCAGCCCUCCCCUCAAGCAGCAAGCCCCAGCAUGAGCAGCCUGCCUUCAGUGGGCCCAUUAGGGCACCCCCUGGCUGCCCAGCAGCCCUUUCCUCAAGAAGUUGAGAGGUUGACCAUCAAGCAAGAACCAGAGGACAAGGAGCUCACCUUCCGAUCCAUCGGUCUGCAGGACAUCACCCUGGAUGACGUGAACGAGAUCAUUGGACGUGAUAUGUCCCAGUCCCCAGGUUCCCACGGGCCAGCAGAUUCCCGCAGUCAGUCGUAGCUCCACCCACAGCCAAGAAAGGACCCCCUUGACCGGACGCAGUGCUCCCUAACCUGCGUUUCCGGCACUGCGGCGUUCCCUUGCGGGACCCUGCUGGAAAAGAGGAGCGAUCGCGGCCACCCCCUCUCAGGACUCCAGACGCAGCAGCUGGGAGAGGCACAAGAUACUCCACAGUGGGUUCAGUGGCAUGGAGACCAUAACAACAGAAGAUUAAAGGAGGUGAUUUUUUUCCUUUCUGCAGAAGCAGCUGAUUUGUUAGCCCUGUUUUGGACAUCUUGCAAGUAAAAGGUUCACAUUGAUCGUGAGGCCUGGUCCAGUUUGGCUGCUGAGAACUACAACUACGCUCCAAAAGUUACUAAGCAGCAGAGGAUGCAUGCCGAGCUGUUAAGCAGUUGUUUUGAAAAUAUGGAAUUUGUCAAGAGCAUCGUGUUCCUGCUGUAAUGUCACAGGUUAAAACCAAUGAAUGAUGUUAAGAAGCACACAGGUUGUAUCCCCGCUGUAGAAGAGAUGCAGCCAUGACUAGGAAGUGGAGGCUGAGCUCGUUCAGCCGCAGCACAGCAGGUAAUGGGGCAGGGAUUAGGCACAGUCCAGUGUCGCUCCCUGCCGGGGAAGGUCUGUCACCCUCCUGUGCUCUGUGGGUCAUCGAGACAGAUCGUCCAGCUUGGGUGACUGGAGCAGAGUUGUUCGAGUAGCCUUGGAAUUGAAGAUGGAAAAGACUGUUGUGCCCUGGAGCUCCGUGAGGGUUUGUAAUAUGCAACAUUCCACACUUAGAGUGUUUUCUGUUGUUGUUUUUUUUUUUUUUUUUUUUUUUUUUUGAAACUUGUUGACUUUUGAUAUUUUCCUUUCCCCUCUUCAGGAUGCACAGUUGCCUUAUAAACAUAUAGUCGCUUUGAAAGAUGUCAGAAGCUUUUAAUAGAAUGUUGUUUUUAUAUAGCUGACUUUAAUCUUAAUGUUAAUCUUAUAAAGAGUAAAAAAAAGGUUUUUUAAAAAUAGCUCAGCCUAUUUGUAGAUAGCGGAUGGCGGAUCAGGAAAUGCUUGUAAAGUUGGUCAAAUGGUCACUGCCUGGUUGCUUUAUCACUAUGUCAUCAGAUUUGCUGAGGAGCCAUUUAAAAAGAAACUAUUUCAAUAUUUUAAUUAAGGUGCAGUGGUAAGUCUUGAUCAUUUGUACAAAAAAAAAAAACCACGUGGGGUGAAAAGUGAAUAAGAGACAGAUGUUGACCCCUGCCGGUUGGUGGUAUGAUCUGCAGCUCUACCAGGAAAUAUUACUCCUGGUUUCCAGGGGUUUUCCUGUGUGCCUUCCAGUUGAACCCGAACAUUCUGAUCGAUAUAAAUUGCAAGUUCUGAGCUACUAAUGAUUACUAUAUCACAGUGUUGAGCGUACAAAGGAGGCUUCAGGAAACAGAAUAAGAAAACUGGCAAAUUCCCAAAGAACAAGAUGUGUCCGACAGCAACGGUACAAAGAACAAACUCGCCUGCGCUUUCCUCAAGAAGCGACCCCACGGUUUCUCUCUCCCGUGGUGUUGGAAAGGGAUGAGAUGAUGGGUUCAUUAGGUGAAAAGCCUCCAUGGACAACACUGGUUCGCGUUGACUGUGUGCGAGUACAGAUCAUAGCACAAAGUUAGUCCUUAAUGAGUACAAACACUUUAUAAUCAGCCCAGACCUUUGUCGGUUUUUGUUACGAUAUACUUUUUGCAGAAAUGUUAUCAGACUUAGUUAACAUAGUUAACAAACUCUUUAAGGGGGUGUAAUGGGGUAAUUUAAUGUUUAGCAUUAAAAAUAAAUCCAAACAAGACUAAAAGCUGAAGAGAUCAUAGGCACGUUUUGUUAAAACUGAUUUAUGAAAGAUUUGCAUGCAGGCUUACGUUAUGAAUGACAACGUAGAAAUGGUUAUAGCUUCUCUAUACAAGUAGUUUCAUACCGGAUGUGUUCAGGUGAUACUGUAUAAACGUCUCUAUGCAGGAUGGUAUUUAUUCUCUGCCUUAACCAGUUUUUAUCUGUUGUGGUAGUGGUACUGGUGUGUGUAUAUUUUUAUAUUUUAAGAGUUGGUACAGCCACUUUAGGGAUGACUGUGGAGAUCUUCUGAGACUGUGUUGACACAGCACUGCAGAGGUGUGUGGAAUUGCAGAAUUGCAAUGGUGAGACAAAACCUGCUAUGCACUAAUUUUGUCUGAUGCCUUUCAAAAAGAACAUUGAUGCCUGAAGAAGCAGCAGCUGUAGAGAUGCUUUAAUGUAGUUCCACUGAAAAAUAAGACACUCGCUUCCCUGUGCAGGGGUGACAUGUUUGUUUCCAUUUACUUCACUUUGGAGAAAAGCAUUUAAUAUGAGCAUCUUACUGGGUUGUUGUUUGCUUCCAAUAAACUGUAGAUUCAAGACUGUUAAAAUGUCUGAAUUUCAAUGAAGACAAAGCACAGAAAUGCACAACUAUGCAAACUAAGAAUGUAACGCAACGUUGCAUUGAAAUAAAGUACAAAUAGUACAAAUGUAUGAAAUUCCCAUACUGAAAUUCCUAAUUUGUAUUUUAGCGAGAAGCGCAUCUGUUAAGUAGGAAAAACGAUUGACGUGUUUUCAAAUUCUGAUCACAAGUGUAGCCUAGGAAAGCCUUAACAUGAGUAGCUUUUAUUGUCUGAGAGUACGCUCUUUAGGAAGCGAGAGGCAGGACAGUGCAGUGGGUGCUGUUUGUAGAUGAUACCGGCGUCCGCUGUCUGCAUGCUGCCGUCCCUUUUCUGUACCAAAGACUGAACAGUUGUGUUCACGUUUUACUCACCAGUCCGAACACAGACUUUAAAACUCUAUUUUUGAUACUCUAGGUGGAUUUCAUUCCUAAAGGUUUAGAGAAAAAAAAAAAAACAUAUAAAGAGUUGUUAAAGUGAAAAGGGAAGUACAGGUUUAGCGUAUGUUUACAGAGCUUGUAAUAUUUCAUGUACAUUAUGUAUUUUAAUGUUUUUGUAAUUAAAUGCAGUGCUUUUAUGAAAAUUUCCAAGGAAAAACUAAAAGUGCAUUUGAGGCU